AGUGCUAUACCACUAAACGAGCAAUUGACCCAGGCUAAUGACGUAACUAAAUGGGUACUACUAUGCGCUGGCAGUAAUGGAUGGGAGAAUUAUGCUGACCAGGCACUGGUAUACCGGGCCUACCAUAUGUUCCGGUCGUAUGGCAUACCUGAAGACCAUAUAAUUAUUUUCCAUUACGACGACAUCGCUAAUAAUAAACAAAACCCGACACCCGGUAUAGUAAUCAAUGAGAUCGGAGGUCCCGAUGUCUAUAAGGGUGUCCCAAAAGACUACACCGGAAAGGACGUUACCCCUAAAAACUUCUUGGGGGCACUAACUGGCGAUCAGCAAUUGGCUGACCAAGGUAAAAAAGUAAUUAAAAGUGGACCAAACGAUCACAUAUUUGCUUACUUUGGUGACCACGGAUCAAAUGACCUGGUAUCAUUUGCCACGGGCAUUCUGUAUGCUAAAGAUUUAAAUAACGCGCUUAUUGAUAUGCAUAGCAAACAAAAAUUUGCCAAGCUUGUAUUUUAUAUCGAUACGUGUCAUUCAGGUUCCAUGUUUUACAAGCACUUGCCUGAUAAUAUCAAUGUAUACGCGGCCACGUCAUCCCUGCCCACUGAGGACAGUUGGUUCUGGAAUUACGAUAAGACACGUGGCACGUAUUUAAGUGCAUUCUUUGCGAACAAUUGGCUAGAAAAUGAUCAGAAUUUUGAUUUGACCAAGGAGACCUUUCAGGAGCAAUAUACCGAAGAGUUGGAGCAUUUUCUUAAGGCCAGACAGUAUGCGGACAACCAUAUGACUGAAUACGUGAAUAGUAUUCAACACUUAAUGGCAAACAUCGCAACCAAUGCUAUACUCCAUACGAAACAAGAGCUCAAUAAUCAUAAAUGCUAUCGAAAACUGGUCGAUACUUUCAAUGAUAAUUGUUUUAAUCUAGCUCAAAACACAUACCUAUUGAGAAAAAUGCAAAUAUUUGUGAAUAUUUGCGAACAAAUGGAUGACUCGAGUGAUGCGGACAUUGCGGUCAACCGAUUGAUACAACACUGCAAAAGCAAUGCUAAUCAAGAAUUUCAUAAAAUCUUA